AUGUAUCGUUCGAUUUUUGCGUGUUCCUUGCUUCUUACUCUCGUUUCGUCAACGUGUUCGAAAAUCAUCGAUAUCGAGAGCAGCGGGGAAACGAGGAACCCUAUCACCGACAGAAUUAUCUUCUCAAGCCCCCCCUCGAUUGAUCAGAUCAACGAUGAAUCGGAAAGUUUGGAUUCUGAUUCGAAACUCGAUACGAAAAGAAGCUUAGUAAUUUUUGUACCGACGAGCGAAAAGGAAGAAGAAAAUGUAGAAUGCAAGGGGCAAAAAACAAAACGAUGCAAGACAUUGUUUCACGGAGAAAGAGUUGGCGCACCGAUUCCCAGAGGAAGCCUUCGAACCACGUUGAAGAGCGUAGGAGAUCCUUGUAAUAAUGAAAGACGUCGUGAAUAUUUUGUUGGUCGAAAACCGAGCAUGCAUCUACUUUCUUUGAAAAAACCAAUGACCAUAGAGGAAGCAAAAAAUGCAACUUUUCGUGACGAGGCUCUGUUAGAUUCUCUUCGAAAACAGUUGCUUCAUUAUAAUUUCAACGUUGGUGCUACUCGCAAAACUGGAACGGAACCAAGGAUAAACGUGUAUAACGACGAUAAUUUCGUUUGUUACUGCAGGGAAAAAAAUAAUCCUUCUUCCGGGAAAGACACGAAUCGUGAUAUUAUCUCGAAAUUACGAGCAUUGGCGAGGAAAGAUAAAUGGGGGAAAAAACCUGAUCGAAAAGAUGCACUCGUCGGCAAGAAACAAGACCCACAAUCGUCCCAGACGAAAAUUCCAUCUUUGCCCAACAGAUUUCCCGAAACCUAUUACCUUCCUAACGAAAUGAACCCAGUCCAGAGUCCAACAUCUAACAGAUUUCCCCAUAUGUAUUAUCUCCCCAACAACGCGGAUCCGAUGAUUCCUAGAAAACAUGCAUCGACCAUUCAUCGCGUAGAUCCUUCGCUUUUAGAGCCAAAAAACACGGUUGAGCAAGCAAUUCUACCGAGAAAUGAUAUUCCAUUUGAUCCAAUUGGACUCGAUUCGGUCGUUGGGCAAAAAGAGCCGAUCAAUGUACAACAAGAUUUAAAUAAAAAUCAACAAAGUGUUGAGCAAACAGAUGGUCCUUCGAGCAUGGUUGGAAAUAGUCUGUCUCGAGCUCAAAAUAUAAUUCCUGCAACCGUAAAAUUUUCCAUGAACGAAGAUACAUCGAAAAACGACCUCGAAGAAGAGACGAAUGAUUCCAAUUACAAUUUGCAAUCUAUGCCGUCGGAAUCUUUUGAUAAAAAUCAUUUGCCACCGCCUGAAAUUGUUGGAUCUCCCUCCGUUGUCCCCGCUAAUGUGCACACUAUUGAUCCAAAUUCGAAUGAUGGAUCAUCCACGGGUUUGGGAAACGAAUAUGGGAAUGAAUACGAAGUAAAGGGGAAUGGAACGUUGGAUUAUUCCGAUGUCAAGGAAGUUACGGCCGCAUAUUUCACGUCCAGAGCUUAUUCCAACGAAUCAGAGAACGAUGGAUCAACCGGUUACGAUAAUUUACUUAUAAAUAGUACUGGUUCUAUGAGUGAUGAUCCAAAAUAUGAAAACGAUUAUAAUUUUAACUCUCGACAAAAUAAUUCUGUGGAGAAGGCAAUAGGAUCUGAAAACGUAGACAUGAAAAUGGAUAAUUCAAAAAGUUCUGAUCGAGGAGACGAAGAGGAAGGUAUAGUAGGAGAAAAUAAUCCAGAUUGGAAUUCAAGUCAGGAUCCAGAGGACAACAUGGAAAAUCAACAGCGAGAAAAUUUGGAUUACGAGAUACCUUCUUCCGUGGAGGAAAAAAUCGCGUUAAUUCCUGAAAAUACGAUGUCCCUGGACGAAGCUGGAACCGUAAAGCUCAAUGAUAAAGACAAGGAAGAGAGCAAAGGAAGAGAUCCGGAUGAUGACGUUCCAUUGCGAAACGAGAAUGAUCCUUCUUCCUUCGAAUCAACGCUGAAAUCAGUCAAAAGCGACGGUCUUCCAAAGGAUCCAUCCGACCAAACAUUGCCAUUCUGCGACAACACGAUGUUGCAUAAAUCGAUAAAAACUGUAAUUAAUAAUUUUGCCACCGGUGACUCCUCUGAAAUGGAUGGCAACGAGGAAACGGUGGGUUCCGCAAAGAGCGAUGAUUUAUUACCAGAAAUUGUCCAAGUUCCAAACUUGAAGAGUAUUUUGUCCAUGCCGCCAAUAGAGCAUACAAUUCUAGAUGAAAUAAAGAAUCUUUUAUCGAAAAUGACUGGAAUGGAUAGAAAGAAAUUCGACAGCGACUGGGCAACUAAUGUGAUUAGGAAUAAUUUACGGAACACGAUAUCUGCCGCGCCCAGUUCAAAGACAGAACUUCCUCCACUGGCUGUGGAGGAGCAUCAAUUCAAGAAUGGUAAAUGGGUGACGAAUAUGGUUACAUUGGCGCCCUCAAACGAGAAAACCGAUGAUUCGACGGAUAUGAAAAGAUUGCAAGCUAGUGUUAAAAGUCUUUUGCGUGAUCCGGUAGUUGGCUUGCAAACAGGUAAGAAUCCUGCUGUUCAAAAUAUAAUUGUUCAAAGCAUAAAAAAUACCUUGAAGCCAAAAGAUCUGAUCAAUGAUGUUUUUAACGAUUCGAUCAUUCGAAGCACUUUGAAUGAUGAAUUGAAUAUCAUGGAAAUGGAAGACGAAGAAAUUUCGACUACGGAAAAUACGUUUAAGUCUACUAAUUUCAAUUUAUCGAAUAUCGAUAUGAAAAAAUUUUUGGAAAUUGCCAAAAAUGAAGCAGAUUUAAAUAAUGAUGAAAAGGAAAAUGAAUCUACAUUACAACCGUCUGCGUAUGAAAAGGAUAAAAAAGAUAUAUCAGAUCGAAAAAAUGAUAUCUCGUCGACUGUGAAAUCUUCGGAUAAUGAUGUAAUAGGAGCGAAAAGAAAUUUUGAAUCCACGGAAGACACUACAAUAGCUUAUUCAAACGAAGAGACAAUUCAGGAUACCGUGGAAUUUUCAGAAUUACCAAGAUAUAACUCGAUGAUUGAAACUCGGCCAGAUAAUGAUGCUUCCUCGGGAAUUGAAGACAAAUCUUCAACUAAAACAAUUGAAGAUCACGAUGUAGGAUAUAGUUCUCCAAGAAUGAAUCCAACAGAAAAUGUCGUUAUUGUGAAUAAAUGCGAAGAUGCGAGUAUAGAAAAAUCGAUGGAAAACGAAAGUUCGGAUACGAUUUCUGCACAAGAUUUUACUUAUUUAGGAAAAAUCACUGUGAAAAAUGAAGGUAAUAAGGAUGACGUUCAAAGUCUUCGAAAUUCUGAGCUAUUUUAUAUCGGUGAUGGUGUAAAAUUACCGUUGGAGAUAAAAAAAUUAAACGAUGGUUCUUACGCUUUAUCGAUUUCUAGAAAGAUUUGUGAACAGUUAUUAAACAAGGAAUGUCCUUGUUGCGUACCCAUAAAAGGUAACAUUGUUCGUACCGUAAAAAGAAAUUCAAGCGCGAUAAAUACUGAUAGAACAAUUAAAGCGAAGCAAAGAAUAAAAAUUUCUAAACGCGAAUCGAUGAAAUCAAUUUUAUCAAACGAGAAAUAUGAUUUAACUGACGACAGUUUACAAAUUUUCUUGAUGCCUGUAGAAGCUUUCGCGAAGAGAUACAACUUAUCUCUAAACUUGGAGAAAAUGCAAACUCCGUGGAAUUUCGACGCAAAGGAAAAGAUUGAUGAGCAAUUGAGAGAUCGACUGAAAAAUUUUAAAAAUAAAGAAGAAAAAAACGCUGAUCUUCAUAAAUUACUUACUAUUAGAAUUUCAGAAAACAAUAAACCGGAAACAACUAUUAUAAAAGAGGAAAGGAUAAACAAUCAUCCAGACGAGAAAAAUGAUGUAGCAAGUUAUAAAUAUCGUAUAGAAAAUCGAAAAAAUCUUGAAAAGUAUCGACAUCAACGGAAUAUCGAAAAAAACACAAACAAGCGAAUGGAAAUAGCGACAAAAGUAUUGAACUGGUUAAGAGAUUUAAUUCUAAGUACAAAUACAAGAUAG